AAUAAGAUGGAAGAACUUCAAAAAGUUGGUGUGUUUAUAGAUGAAAUUUACACGGUGCGAGUUGAGCAUCCAAACCUUUCCAGUAGCAAAAUAAUGUUUAAACAAGAAUGCUUCAACUACAUUAAAGCAUUCACUAUUUUUAAAAAGUUUGUGUUUAAUUAUUGUAAUAUUUCUGAAACGUUUGCCAAAGAUGUCGAUAAGGAAAAACUACGCGCUAUUGGUACUCAAAAUCAAUUAAAAACGGCAUUUAUUCAGCGCCAGAACAAGCAGCAAGUCUAUCAAUAUGAGAUAUUUGAGCAAACAGUAGAACUUGAACGCUUAAAAGGCGAAUUGCAGUUUUUACAGCGAAUUGAAACGGAGCAACAUGAAAUAAUAAACAAUUUUUUUGUCAAUCAAUAUUAAAAUU